CAGGGAUUCAAACCCAUGACCUUGAUGUUGCUACUGUAGCUCCAGUUGAGCUUCAUUUUACUCAAAGAAUUGCUGUUUCAGUUGGAUGGCUCUCCUUCACCAGGCUGCUCAAAGUUGGAAUUGUAAGGGAUGAGCCUGGGAGGAAAGCAAGAGUGCUCUGCCAGUUGUGUGUGAGAGAGGGCAGGAAUUCCAACUGUGCGCAGACUAUUCCAAGAGCAGCUUCUCUCGUGUGCAGGAAAUAAAUCGCCAGUGCGUUCUCAAGCUUUGCUUUGAAGGUACCUGCUGAUAAAGUAACCAAUGGUGUCAUGGCCGCCAACCCAAACCGAGGGAGAUGUAAUGCCGUCCUAGCUGGGCCUUCGCUCUUCCUCAUUAUCUGUGUCCUGUGGAUGCUGUGCACAGGCUCAGUGGGUGCUCAAGGGCAAGGAUCCCGUCUACGGCAGGAAGAUUCUCCACCUCGGAUAGUAGAACACCCCUCCGAUCUAAUUGUAUCCAAGGGCGAGCCAGCUACUCUAAACUGCAAGGCAGAGGGGCGACCCACCCCUACUGUGGAGUGGUACAAAGAUGGAGAACGAGUUGAAACUGAUAAAGAUGACUCUCGAUCCCACCGCAUGCUCCUGCCCAGCGGCUCGCUCUUCUUCCUGCGUAUCGUACAUGGACGUCGAAGCAAACCUGAUGAGGGAGCAUACGUUUGUGUGGCACGCAACUACUUUGGGGAAGCAGUCAGUCGAAACGCCUCACUGGAAGUAGCAUAUGUGAGAGCCACUCUGCUUCCUGAUGCUCUCCAAGGUCCUGUCAAAGCCUUCUUCUUAACCCUCUCUGGUCCUGUAUAUUCUUACCCUGGUACCUUUUUGGUACCUUGGGACAUGACAUGCAGAGGACUGUGUGACUACAGCACUGGGGACUAUGUUGCCUUCCUCUUGUGA